AUGGAGUACGUUCUCCUCUUCAACAGCGCUGGAUCAAAUCGGCAGCAGCAGCUUUUGCGAAGCUGUGUGCUCAUAAUGUGGAUUCAUGGACCCUGGAUCAUCAACACCCUCAACCGCUCCGAUGUCCAGAUGCAGAUGAGCCCCCUCACCCUCCUGGCACACCUUCAGCUUUUCGCAGAACAGAAAGCUCUCGAACAACUCAAAGUCGCGGUCGAAAGCACACUCUACGAACGGCUACAUAACAAAAAUGAUAAGACUCACGAGCUGGAUAAUGGCGACUCUGAUGGAACGAUCUAG